AUGAGCAUAAGCGUUUACAAGAGCAAAGUGUUCAACACCAAAGAUGUGGUCGACGUAUGCAUACACCAGAGGCACCUGAAGCUGGAGCCGUCCAGCUUUAAGGAUUCCGUUUAUAAAUUGAACGAGCAUAAGAUAGCAGUAGACGAGUUAGCAAAAGCGGAUGGGUCGUUCACCACUAGGGAAGAAGUACCUGUAGGGGGGGAAGAAGCCCCAAAAGGGGGGAAAACCGGGCAAGGAAAACCCCGCAGCUAUCACAUGGACGAAUUGAAAUGCUUGUACUUUUUUUUUCUGAUAAAUAUGCUACGAUUUAAGAACAAUUUGGAUUUAAAUUUGAUAAGGAGCGUUUGCUGUUCGAUUAAUAACACCACCGAGUGUACCUGCGGGGUCGAGGGGUCAUGCCCCUCCUCAGUUGUUCCCUUGCCCAGUGCACCACCCCAAGGGGGACCGCCUCACAGCGAAGUGCUAAAACAGUUCUUCAUUUCGAAUUUGGAAAAAUGUGCCAAAUUGGAAUACAACCUUAACGAUUUCAACAUGUGUAUAAGUGGUGUCCUAGAAAACUGUAGCAUCGUUUUUUUGAAUGCCUAUAAGACGGUAUCCUUGUGCAAGUACCUGACCUGCUGCCUUUGCAACCUUCUGGAGUUAUUUCACAUAAACAGUGAGGUGCUAUUUAAGAACGCCUUUAACAGUAAUGCGAAUAAUAGCAACAUACAAUCCAUAAAUGAGCUGAUAGGCAAGAUCAAAUGGAUGACUCACGAUUCGAAGGUGGAGAAGAAUAAGGACUUGUCCAAAAUUUUUAGCGCAAAUUUGUUGUUGUUUGUUUAUACGCAAAGUAAGCUAACGGAUGACGGUGAAUAUUUCAUGUACCUAAUAAAUCAAAAUUUUAAAAACAGCAUAGAUAGUUAUAGAAGUGAGUACACCGAGGGGAUGAACUCGUUAAAUGGCUACAUCACCAUGUUGAGUAGAAGCAUAAAUGACACUCUUGGGGUGCACAUCAAGAAUGUGCUUGACAUUACAGCCAAGGUGGUGCCAUUAUUUGUUGCGAAGUUGCACGAAUUUGUUACGGCGAAUGAGCAAAUUGUGGAAGAACACGCAGAUUUGAAGAAGCCCCUGUCGAACGGGUUUAUAUUGCUCCACGACGCCACCGCUGAGCAAAACACCUCUACAGGUUCGCUCCUCUCCAAGUUGUAUGAAGAGAAAUAUUUAAAGAGCAUCGAGGAGAGGUUCCUACAGAUGGAACUCCCCAAUGAGUUGCAAAAGUUUAGCGAAUUGAACAGCAUAUUUUGCGAGCUGCUAAUUCUGCUAACCGAUAUGAUCAUUCAGACGAACAUUAUGUACGACAUAAAGGCUUAUAACAAAGCGCUAGCACAAUUGUUGAAGAAUAAAAAAGUGUCUGGGGGCGUUCACCACAUAGGGGUAGGGUGCCUCGAGUUUAAGAACUUUCUCUACUCCCUGAUGGCAGAAAAGGGGGACUCCCAACUGGGCAUUUUUAAACCAACAGAAGGGGAGACAAACGAAGCAAUACCUAUAAGUGGAAAUAAAAUCGUUAUCAAUAACUUCUUUCCUGCACUGAGGAGAAGUUUAAAUUUGUACAAAUUGGACGACCAAAUUGGGGAAGUGCUAAUCCAGAAGAAUAUCAAUUUUAAUUUGAAAGUUCCCAAAGGUGCCAAAGACUUUACAGGGGAAGACAUGCAGUUGAGAAAUAUCUUUUUCGAUUUUAUAAAGAAAAAGUUUUUACUACACGGGGCAGUAGAAAUAGAUACCCCCAUUUUUGAACUUAAGGAGACAUUAACGGAUAAAUAUGGAGAGGACUCCAAAUUAAUAUUCGAUUUGAAAGACCAAGGAGGGGAAAAUCUAUCCCUUAGGUACGAUCUAACUGUGCCUUUGUAUCGCUUUGUAAAUACAAACAAUUUGAAUUCCCUGAAAAGAUUUCAUAUAGGGAAAGUGUACCGGAGAGAUGAACCGAGCAUGAAUAGAGGCAGGUUUAGAGAAUUCUAUCAAUGCGAUUUUGACAUCGUAGGAAAAUAUGAUACAGUCCGCACAGACUUCCACAUUCUGUUUAUAUUCUGGGACAUUUUAAAUAACCUAAAAAAAGUGAUUGGCAAUUUUAACUGCAAAAUAAAUCACAGAAAAAUUUUAGAGUACAUGCUUCUCUCCAGUAAUAUUCAUAAGGAUAAGGUAAAAACGAUUUCCAGCAGUAUAGACAAAUUGGAUAAAAUAACUUUUCAGCAAUUUCGGGAUGAGUUAUUAAAUGAGAAAGGAAUCCCCGUCGAAUCGGUUGAUAAAAUAGAAACGUACAUUUCGAAGACGUUAAGUUUGUCCCCUUUUUUGGUCAUCGAAUUUUUAAGAAACGAUUUAAAUGAAUCCCCUUUUGAUGAAGCAUACAAAAAUGAAGUGUAUCAAGUUAUUAACCAUUUGGAGGAAAUUUUUGAGUUGCUAAAACAUUUUAAUAUGCUCAAUCAGUUUUCCUUUGAUUUGUCUCUCGCCAGGGGGUUGGAUUACUACACGGGGAUUAUCUUCGAAUUUGUUCUCCUGUCCGAGACGGGACUGGGGAGUGUGGCUGCGGGCGGGAGAUACGAUUACCUGAUAAGGAACAAGCGCAAGGAGUACAUCCCCUCCGUUGGCGCUUCUGUCGGUAUUGAGCGGAUCAUUGCCAUCGCCGAGGGGGUGGUAAAGAAGGGUGGCUUGUUUGUGGGUCCAGGGGGGGGCGGCCUUCUCACAAAGAAGGAGGUAACCGUGGAGGAUUCCCCCCACGGGAAGGUUGCCUCUUCGGGGAAUGCCGCUUCCCCCGGCCUGGCCCUGAAGGACAACUCGGUGGAAGUCCUCAUAUGCAACAUCAAGAAAAACUGCUUUAAAGAGACCAUCGAGUUGUGCAAAAAGUUGUGGGAGGAGGACAUAUCGACGGAGUUUAUCUACGUGAAGGACCAGAAGAUACAGAAGCAGCUGGUGUACGCCUUGGAGAAGCAGAUCCCCCUGGCGGUUAUAAUUGGCGAUGAAAUUGAAAGGGGCGUCAUCAAACUACGGGAGCUGACGCAGGACAAGGAGAAGUCCGCGGGGGAGCAGGAAAUCAAGCUAGAAGAUUGUGUGCAGGAGAUAAAAAGUUACUUCAGGGAGAACCUGACGUGGAAGCAGAGCAUCACGAACGCUUUGUUUGGCCGGGCGGGGGUGUAG